AUGGACGUUCAACUCUACGUAUACGACCUGUCUCAGGGUCUUGCGAGACAGUAUUCUCGUGCUUUGACCGGCGUCCAAAUUGAUGCCAUCUACCACACGUCCAUCGUGGUCAACAAUGUCGAGUACUUCUACGGCCACGGUAUCCACCGAAAAGUGCCUGGCUCGACCCAUCAUGGCCGGCCCAUGUCCGUCGUGGACUUGGGCAAGACAGAUCUCCCUCUAGAUGUCAUUGAGGAAUACAUCGAAUCUCUGGAGGAGAUCUACACCCCGGAGUCGUACGAUCUGUUCGUCCACAACUGCAACAAUUUCUCCCAGGAUCUGGCCAUGUUCCUGGUCGGCCAGAGUAUCCCGGACGACAUUCGAACGUUGCCCGAGACGUUUCUGCGCACGCCCAUAGGCCAGAUGCUGCGUGGCCAGAUCGAUCAAUCCAUGAGAAGAAUGACCCAGGCUCCCGACGCCGCUGCUGGUCAGAAUGUGUCCAGGACUUCUGCUUCGAGGGCUGCCGCCCAAUCGACCUUCAACAAACUGGCGUCGAAUGGCACGACGACGCUCGCAGCACCAAAUGGAACUACCGUACACCGACUUACUCCGACGGCCAUUAUCAAUGCUAAACCUCCUCCCCAGUCUCCAGGCCACGUCUACAAUAUCUCGUCGCUCACCGAGCUUGACAGCCUGCUCGAGGCAGCCAAACAAUCCUGCGCCGUCAUCUUCUUCACCUCGGCAACCUGCCCGCCCUGCAAGAUCGUCUAUCCCACCUACGACGAGCUGGCGGCCGAAGCAGGUGCCGAAAGCGGCGCAAAGCUGAUCAAGGUUGACAUUUCCGUCUCGCCGUCCGCGCAUGCCGUGGCACAGAGAUACCAAGUCCGCGCCACUCCAACCUUCAUCACAUUCCUCCGCGGUGAGAAGCAGGACGAAUGGUCUGGCGCGAACCCGGCUCAGCUCAUGGGCAACGUCCGCCUGCUGUUACAGAUGGCCAGGCCGCCCCAACACCAACACGCGACACUCAAGCUGCCGACCUUUCAGCGCAUCAUUGAGACUCCCAUCAUGUACACACGCACUCCUCCCCUCGCUAAACUUCUCGCCAAGAUCGGUCCCGAAUUUUCGCAGGACCAGUCGGUGCAAGAUCUCGUGGCAUACAUCAAAACACGCGAAGACAAAGGCUUGGCCGAAGCGCCAUUACCGAAUCUGCACUCGUUCAGUGCCCAUCUUGUCGCCAAGUCCGCCUCUGUUCCCCAAGAAGCACGUUUCGCAGUCAUAGACCUGGUACGCGUUGCGGCUGCCGACCCGCGUGUGUCAAGUUUCCUUGCGACAGAGCAUGGAGAAGAACAUGGAACUCUCAAUACCGUGUUUUCCUGGACGACCGGCAAGACGUCCGACCCUAGCGAUUUCACCGACGCGCCGUAUAACAUACAGGCCGUGUCGCUCCAGCUGGCCUGUAACCUGUUCAGUUCGAAUGUGGCUCAGGAACAGAUCUUCCACCGCCACAACUUGAAUGCAGGUGCAGGGUCCAGUAGUGGCUCUCUUCUGAGUCUGAGAGAGGCAACUGAGUGGCUCGCGGUGCAUAGUCUACUUUCGCCGCAUGCCAAUGCCCGUUCCAUGGCUGCCGCGCUGGUGUACAAUCUUGCCUCGUAUACCCACAAUCGACGGAUUCAUGCUCAAACUGCUACGGUCCCAACAACAGGAGGCUCAAACGAAGACGAAGAUGCAGCCACACCAGGUGACGACCUGUCCGCCGCCCUGCUGGAGUCGAUCACUUCUCUGGCGUCCGUGACGAGCUUGACGGACACCAAGACUGGGAACAGCAGUGGGAAAGGCAAUACUACCAGCACGUCCAAAGAAACACUGCACGCCCUCCUCCUCGCACUUGGUAUGUUGCUGUACGCUGCGCCGCCGGAGAACAUGCUCUGGGAUCUCUGUCGCGCCAUGGACAUCCGAGAGGUCUUGAAGGAUAUCAGGACUACCGGUGGUGGCUUAGGCGACGAGGUCAAGACUGAGCCGCUGCUCAGGGAGAUUGGAGAUGAGUUGUUGGGCAAAGGAGGUUUCUGA